UACUUCUAUUCUCAGCUGUCUGUCAGUAGUCUGUUGCUUUAUGGAGGUCUCUUUCAUUGUGUGUGUCCUCGUUGGUGUGUUCCUGGGCCCCACAGAUGGACAUGUGGUGGCUAAUUUCAGGGAUUCACCUGACUGCAUUAAGUUCUUCUACAAAGAGAAAGUUCCCGAUUUGGGAGCUUCUCUGCUGGAUGUGGUCCAUUUAUGUCAGCGCUUCUUAAACACAUACCACUUCGCCACACUGUACAACACACACUACCGCACAGCUGUCUAUUCUGCUUACAUAUUUCAACCAAGCAACGGUGGAGGCAGAGAGACACGCUGGUUUGUUGAGCCACAGUUGGUGAAUCCCUCAUGGUCAAGUCAAAUGGAAGAUGGGUAUAAGCUGUCACAGCAGAACCCAGACAUCUAUUUGGGAGAAAAACAGGCUUUAAAUGAAGACUAUACAAACUCAGGAUUUGACCGUGGACACUUAAACCCUAAUGGACAUCAUGCAGUUCCAGGUCGUAAUUCCACCUUUACCCUGACCAAUGUGGUGCCUCAAAACCCAACACUGAAUCAGAACGCUUGGAACAAACAUGAGUCUAAACUGACUAGCUUGUUCAAUGCCAACUGUGAUCAGGCUUACGUUCUGGUCGGUGCAAUUCCUUCCUUUAACAACUGGAUCAUCAAGAACAAUUUGAAAAGGGUCAACAUCCCAGAGUACAUCUGGAACGCUUACUGCUGCGUCGAUCAAAAUGGCCGCCCCAUCUUAAGCGGUGCUGCAACUGCCCUAAACACAGAGCUGAAUGUUGUUGUAGAACGCAGCUUAGAUGAGAUGGUCGACUUCCUUCAGCAAUUCUCUGAUGCACCGGUGAAUGAGCUGUUCAGUGGCCAAUGCAAAUCUUAGCCUAACACAUUCAUAUGAAUUUAAUAAAACUCUUGAGCAUUA